GGGGAGAAACCAUUUCAAUGCAUGGAAUGUGGAAAGAACUUCAGUCAGAGUGGAAGUCUUAGAAUUCAUCAACGGACUCACACAGGGGAAAAACCAUUUAAAUGCAUGGAAUGUGGAAAGACCUUCAGUCAGAGUGAACACUUUAGAAUUCAUCAACGGACUCACACGGGGGAAAAACCAUUUAAAUGCAUUGAGUGUGGAAAGAGCUUCACUGUGAAUGGAAGUCUUAGAAUUCAUCAAAGGACUCACACGGGGGAGAAACCAUUUAAAUGCAUGGAGUGUGGAAAGAGCUUCAGUCAGAGUGGAGAACUUAGAAAACAUCAACAGACUCACACAGGGGAGAAACCAUUUGAAUGCAUGGAGUGUGGAAAGAGCUUCCGUCGAAGUGGACACCUUAGAAUUCAUCAACGGACUCACACAGGGGAGAAACCAUUUGAAUGCAUGGAGUGUGGAAAGAGCUUCAGUCGGAGUGGACACCUUAGAAUUCAUCAACGGACUCACACAGGGGAGAAACCAUUUAAAUGUCUGGAGUGUGGAAAGAGCUUCAGUCAGAGUGGAGACCUUAGAAAACAUCAACGGAUUCACACAGGGGAGAAACCAUUUAAAUGCAUAGAGUGUGGAAAGAGCUUCAGUCAGAGUGGACACCUUAGAAUUCAUCAACGGACUCACACAGGGGAGAAACCAUUUAAAUGCAUGGAGUGUGGAAAGAGCUUCAGUCAGAGUGGAGAACUUAGAAAACAUCAACGGACUCACACAGGGGAGAAACCAUUUAAAUGUAUGGAGUGUGGAAAGAGCUUCAGUGAGAGUGGAAACCUUAGAAACCAUCAACGGACUCACACAGUGGAAAAACCAUUUGAAUGUAUGGAGUGUGGAAAGAGCUUCACUGUGAGUGGAAGUCUUAGAAUUCAUCAACGAACUCACACGGGGGAGAAACCAUUUGAAUGUAUGGAGUGUGGGAAGAGCUUCAUUACAAGAGGAGUUCUUGCAAAACAUCAACAAACUCAUACAGGGGAGAAACCAUAUAAGUGCUAGGGAACUGGACAGACAUUUAGUUGUAGUGGAAGUCUUACAAACCAUCAAAAGACUUUGAGGGGUAGGAGGUGUAAGAGUGGAAACUACGAACCAUCAAUUAUCUCAAAGAAGGGAAAAGGUUUAAAUAGAAGGAGUGUGGAAUCUCCUUUGGUUAUUAUGGAACACUUUUUAAGAGUAUAGAACCUGUUUCUCUCCAAGUUGACACUUUCUUUCACAUCCAUAACAGGAAAUCAAUCUUAAAUGCAUGCAGCCUAUGUGAGCCUUUGUUGUUUGUAUGUAACAUUGUCUAGACAUGUUUUUAAAGUAAUGAAGAUAACGUUUCACAAUAAUAAGCAUAAUAUAUUUAAUGUACUGUUAGAUAAUGAGGGGGAGUGUGUAAUCUGGAGUGCUGCUUCUGAGGGAGGAUGGACUGAGAGUGAGCUGGUUUUGGUGUUUGGUGGAGGGAGUUGGGAAUGUUUGUAUCUGGGGAUGGAGCUGAGACUGGGGGUGUUGCUUUCGAAGCAGAGUUAGAUUAAUAUUGUAGGAACAGCAGCCUAACUCCCACUUUUAUUAUUGCCAUAAUGGAACCAUGAAGACACAGAAAGACUGAAAGCACCUACUUAUAUGCCCAAGGUAAUCUUGAAACCCUCACCUAUUCUUUUGAUUGAUAAGAUAUAUUGUGUAUAGAUAUAUUUGGUGGCAGGAGAAAUAAAAGGGGUAUUUAGU